ACUUGUUGCGCACAAUCCGGAAGCGUCCGAAGCGCUAUCUCGUGACGAUUUCUAGUAAUAUCGAAGAAGUAAUCCUAACAGAGAGUGAGGUUAGGUUCUUUUUUUCCGGUUUGCGAACCUGCUCACCAGCCAAGAUGGUGAAGAUUAUGAAGUCGGGGAAAGUCGUGCUGGUCCUCAGUGGCCGGUACGCAGGACGCAAAGCUAUCGUCAUAAAAAACUUUGACGAUGGUACGUCUGAGAAACAAUACGGACAUGCACUGGUUGCUGGGAUUGACCGCUACCCACGUAAGGUGCACAAACGCAUGGGAAAGGGCAAACUGCACAAACGUUCGAAGAUCAAGCCCUUUGUCAAAGUCUUGAACUACAAUCACCUCAUGCCCACCCGAUACACUGUUGACCUACCCUGGGAUAAGGUACAACCAAAAGACCUUAAAGACCCUAUGAAGAGGAAGAAGGUUCGAUUCCAGACCCGCGUCAAGUUUGAGGAAAGGUACAAAUCGGGCAAGAACAAAUGGUUCUUCCAGAAGUUGCGAUUCUAAAUGCUUUUAAAUAAAGAUCUCUAAAAUCAG